UGAGGGGGCGGGGCUGCCGUGACGCCCAGCCCAGCCAAGCCUGCUCGCCUGGCGGAAGCUCAGGAAGAAAGUUUGGAGAGGCUGGUGGGAUGAGAGGAGAGUGCGGCUGCCGCUCUACCUGACUCGCCUGACAGACCCCUCCCACUGUUCGGGAGCCAGGAGCCGGAGUUGUCAUUCCCGCCUGUGCCGGGGCGUGUGGCUGCCGCCUGACAUGUGGGACCCGAAGGAUUUCGCGCAGCACUGGCACACGGAGUUCCCCGGGGAACCGGCUCCGGAGAUGCGCUUGAACUCGGCGCAGGAGGUGCAGCAGGAACUGGAGCGCUGCCGAGCGAAACUGAAGAAGCUGCAACAGGAGCUGAACGAGGAGCGCUUUAAAGUCGUCUAUCUGGAGAGCGCCCUGUCCCGGGCUGAGCCCCCCAAACCCUUCCCCCGCGUCCGCAGCAACAAGCCCCCUCCGCCUGUACCCCCACAGCGGGCACCCCCGCCGCUACCCGACCGGGACUACGAGGAUGAGCGGGGCAGCACCGAGCGCUUUGUGUUGGACAACCUUCUCUCUCCUGCGGGCGAACUCCGGCCGGGGGGCGGGGGGGAGGAGGAGACGGCGGGACGGGAGCGGGGCAGCCGAGCAGAGAAACGGAGGGACCUACUGACGGUACCCGGCUGGGACUCGCCCCGGCACAGCUCCCCGGAGAGGGGCAGUGAUGACUACCUAAGCUCCGACCUGGAGGAAGAUCGCUCCAUAGAUUUUAACUAUGGCACGGAUGGAUAUGAUGCCGAAGGCAAUGAGGAACACAAAAGCUCACGCGAAGGCUCGGAAACGAUGCCCUACAUUGACGAGUCGCCCACCAUGUCUCCCCAGCUCAGUGCCAGGAGCCAGGAUAGUGUGGAUGGGGUCUCACCAACUCCAACAGAGGUGCUGCUGCCUGGGGGGGAAAGUGAGUCUGACAAGGGCCUGUUGAUGAGAAAGCUUGUCCUAUCGGGGGUUCUCGCAAGUGAAGAAAUCUAUAUAAACCAACUAGAAGCUCUACUGCUGCCCAUGAAGCCUCUGAAGGCUACUGCCAGCACUUCCCAGCCUGUACUCACCUUGCAGCAAAUAAAUGAUAUUUUUUACAAGAUUGAAGACAUCUAUCAGAUGCAUAAGGAUUUCUAUGACAAGCUAUGCCCCAUUGUGCUGCAGUUUGACAACAAGACAACUGUGGGACACCUCUUCCAAAAGCUGGCGAGCCAGCUGGGGGUGUACAAGGCCUUCGUGGAUAAUUACAAAUUUGCUCUGGAGACGGCAGAGAAAUGCAGCCAGUGUAACGUCCAGUUCUUUAAAAUCUCGGAGGAUCUGAAAGUUAAAGGGCCGAAGGAUUCAAAGGAACAGCCUCAGUCUGUGACCAUGGAAGCAUUGCUGUACAAACCCAUAGAUCGUGUGACACGGAGCACUUUGGUACUGCAUGACCUCCUGAAGCACACACCUACUGACCACCCCGACUAUCCUCUGCUCCAAGAUGCCCUCCGUAUCUCCCAGAACUUCCUCUCCAGCAUCAACGAGGACAUUGAUCCGAGACGAACUGCAGUCACUACACCAAAGGGAGAGCCUCGGCAGCUGGUGAAGGAUGGAUUCUUGGUCGAGCUCUCAGAAAAUUCCCGGAAGCUGCGGCAUCUUUUCCUGUUUACAGACCUCCUCCUGUGUGCCAAGCUCAAGAAGACCACUGUUGGGAAGCACCAACAGUAUGAUUGCAAAUGGUACAUCCCACUUGCUGACCUUGUGUUUCCUUCUCCGGAGGAAUCUGAGCCCAUCCCUCAGCUCCAUGCCACCCCAGAUCACGAGAUUGAAGAAAUGAAGGCAAAGAUCUCUGUCCUCAAGAGUGAGAUUCAGAAAGAAAGGAAGUCCAAUAAAGGCUCAAGUCGUACGAUUGAGAGAUUAAAGAAGAAAAUGUUUGAAUACGAGUCCUGGCUACUCCUCUAUUCCCCCACCAUUCCCUUCCGAAUACAUAACAAAAAUGGCAAGAGCUAUUUCUUUCUGUUAUCCUCUGAUUAUGAGAGAUCAGAAUGGAGGGAGGCCAUCCAGAAGUUACAGAAGAAAGACCUACAGGCCCUUGCACUCAGCCCUUUUGAGCUCCAAGUGCUCACUGCAUCCUGCUUUAAACUCCGGACUGUUCACAAUGUUCCCAUUAUCAGCCAUAAGGACGAUGAUGAAUCUCCAGGCUUAUAUGGUUUCCUGCAUGUAAUCGUUAAAUCUGCCAAAGGAUUCAGUCACUCCUCUAAUCUGUACUGCACACUGGAAGUGGAUUCAUUUGGCUAUUUUGUCAGCAAAGCUAAAACCAGGGUGUUCCGGGAUACUACUGAGCCUGAGUGGAAUGAGGAGUUUGAAAUUGAGCUGGAAGGGUCCCAGUGUCUCAGAAUUCUCUGCUAUGAGAAAUGCUACGAUAAAAGCAAGUUAAACAAGGACAACAAUGAAAUCGUAGACAAAAUCAUGGGCAAAGGACAGAUCCAGUUGGAUCCUCAGGUCGUACAAAGCAAGAACUGGCACGAUGAUGUCAUUGAGAUGAAUGGGAUUAAAGUGGAGUUUUCCAUGAAAUUUAGCAGUCGGGACAUGAGCUUGAAAAGGACCCCUUCCAAGAAACAGACCGGCGUAUUUGGGGUUAAAAUUAGUGUUGUAACAAAGCGAGAGCGCUCCAAGGUGCCAUAUAUAGUACGUCAGUGUAUAGAAGAGGUGGAAAAACGAGGAAUUGAGGAGGUCGGUAUUUACAGAAUUUCUGGAGUGGCCACUGACAUUCAAGCGCUGAAAGCUUCGUUUGAUGCAAACAGCAAAGACAUCCUGAUGAUGCUGAGCGACAUGGACAUUAAUGCGAUUGCUGGAACAUUAAAACUGUACUUCCGGGAGCUGCCAGAGCCUCUCCUUACAGACAGGCUGUACCUUGCUUUCAUGGAAGGGAUAGCUCUGUCCGACCCUGCGGCCAAGGAGAACUGUAUGAUGCACCUUCUGCGCUCUCUCCCCGACCCCAAUCUCAUGACCUUCCUCUUCCUGCUUCAGCACUUGAAAAGGGUUGCAGAAAAGGAACCCAUUAACAAAAUGUCACUCCAUAAUUUGGCGACAGUGUUCGGACCCACAUUGCUGAGGCCCUCAGAAGUAGAGAGUAAAGGCCAUAUGAAUCUGGCAUCCGACAUCUGGUCACACGAUGUUAUGGCACAGGUCCAGGUUCUGCUCUACUACCUGCAGCACCCACCAAUCAGCUUUUCUGAGUUAAAGCGCAGCACGCUGUACUACUCAACGGAUGUGUGAGGGCGCGCCAGCCCUACCCUGGAGAAGAAACGGGGCGGCCCUGCUCCCAUCUGUAAAUUGUGCAAGAGACAUUCCAAGAAGGGAGACAGAAAUAUAAUGCCGUAAAGAAAAACAUUACAAAACAAAAAAAAAAUGAAUGAAAACCCCCGCUCCCCGGGAGCAACUUGCUUGUGUGCAUUUUUGAAUUCUUUUGUACAGAGAUAGAAAAUGGAAGCAGGUUAAGACUCUGGACCAGUGCCUGUGCUCCCCAUGCUACUAGCUGUAUUUUGUAUAUCCGUGUUCAGCCAUUAUUUUAUGUAGAGAAAAAAGGAGGCAUGGGGGGAGCACAGCAGUGGGAGCCUGCAUUUGUCGUCCACUUUUUCCUCUACGUGACGUGUUUGGAAUUUUGUUGAAAACCGCACGAUUCAGGUCUUAGAAACUGCCAUGUUCAGAAGAGACCUCUGCUGGAAAGGGUAUCCUCUUAAGGGUCUUACUUUCGGGGUCUGUCAGAGGCAAAAGGAGGAGAAGGGCUCAUCAUCAACUCUUGUUGUCAGAAGGGGAACAGACCCAGCAGCACUGUCACGGUUCACCUUUGGGAGUCUCGCGGAAUGCAAGAGGGCCAUCCGUCCAUAUAUUUUUAAAAUAUAAAUUGUUUCUGAGACAGUUUUUUCCUCUACAUCUUGUGACUGAAAGUAGUCCCAGUGCUUUCUGGUCUUUUCCUUUAUUUUCUGGUGGAAAUGUCACUUGUGAUUAGCUGCUUUGGUGGGGCGGUACAUUUCUAUUUAUCUGCGGGGGUUUGGUGGGAAUGACUAGGAUCCAAGAAUUGGCAGCGCUUGAAGUGUCUGCAAUGACCACAAAUGAAUCCACCUGUUCCACAGAAAAGCCGAGCUUAGAGGAGAGACGCCCUCAUCUGUGAGCUUUCCAGCCACUGAAAUCCUAACUUAUAAAAGGGCGCCAGCGCAGCGCUGGGUAUUUCUUAUAUCUUUCCUUUGUUUGAUUAAAUAUUUAUCUGUAGACUUUCUAAACUGUAGAUACAAUGUCCACAGCCCCAGGCUCUCCAGCUAGAAAGCUUUGCGGAAUCUUUUAUUCCUGUACUAUACCAUGCAUUGUUGGCAACUUGUAUCUAGGGCUUUGCUAUCCUGGCGUUGGUAUUUAUGUGGGUAGUAGGAAAAAAAAAUAACUGACGUGCAAUGAAACAAAUGAUAGGCAGUUGUCACUAUUCCUUUUCUAAUUGACCAAGAUCAGGGGGGUUCUCUUAUCAUUUCCCAACAUCGCUUGGUGAGGGACAAUUUCUCUGUUUCUGAGAAGUAAAACUGUUUUUAUCUCAUUUUCAAAUGUGUUGGAUUGCCAUGAUAGAUGUUUUCCAGUUGUAGAAGUAGAACAUGAAAGAUGAGGCACCUUGGUUGUGAUAUCGCACAUGUGCUGCACUGGUAAAUCUGAAGAUACAACUCACUGGUUGCUAAGGGUUGGCAGCCAUAGUAACUGGUCCGGAAGUCCAAAGUAAGCACUUUGCAUCAAGCAAGGCUUAAACCUACUUACUCCAUCUGUGAGCCACAGGAAUUACAAUUGGUUUAUUCCUGGUGCAGUUGCUUAUGAGAGAUUGUGGCACAGAGAAUCCCAUAUAUUGAAAGAGUUACCCGCAACCAACCCACCCGCCUCUGCCGUCACAGCGGGGACAGGGAGGGCGAGACGAUGGGGGGGGUAGAGCUCAACCUGCCCACACAUCAGUAUAUCAUAGGUUAGGCCCAUAGAUACUAAAGCGUGAGGGCUGUUUUACUAAAGUGGAAAGGUACAAAGUGCAGUGUUUGCCCCCACCAUUAUUUUGUGUUCAUUUCUGUCAGAUGCAGCAGUUCUUCUGCAGCGCUUGUACCUGCCCCUGUGGGAAUGAUUUGUGAUACUGUGGCCUGGGGAAACCAGCACAGAAUUACUGCUACAUAUAAUCAGUAGAACUGAGUGCUACAUUGCCCUUAUGAGCUCUUCCUGCCAAGAAUUUACCCAGCAAACAUGUCAGCUGCCAUGGCAACCCCUUUUGUCAUAUAUAUUUAUGUAUCUAAGGUGAAACCAUUACAUAUAUUUAUCCUUAAAUAAAAACAGUGAGUGGGAUAUCAGGUAGGAAAGGCUAACCAAAGCAAAGGGAGCAAUUUGCAAUCUCACCAACUGCCAUAACACUAUACAUAACGUUACAUGUAAAGAUGAAAAAAAAUCCACAAAAACAUUACACUGAUGAUAGAAAUGGGCAACGCCUGGUAUCUGCACCCCAGCGGAUCUGCGGGGAAUUAAGGGCAGGACUGAGGGCAACCUACUGAGUUGUAGCCUUAUAUUUCCAGCCCCCUUUUAUAUAAGCACAAAGAAAAGUAAGUUUGAUUCUAGGACCAAUGCUGCAGUCUCUCUUGGUGGGGUGAGAAUUACUGCUCCGGAGCCUACAAGUAGUCACAGUGUAACUGGGUAGAAUUAAGUGUCAUUUACUGUAGUAAAACACAUGGACUUGGUACAGGAACAAAGGAUCCCCGAUAAAUCUCAUGAUGUCAUUUCCUGAUGUUGUGAUGUCAUCUGAAUGCAAACUCAGUCUGUCGUGUGAAUAAAGUCAUCUACCAGUUUCCUGAAGCUGUUUCACCUCUUUCGAGGGCUCUCUUUUAUAUUGAUGGGAGGCUGGUUUUAUUUAUUUAUUUUUAUUGAAUCAUUUACUGUUGAGCAAUUUGGCCCCUAAUCGUGAGAUUUAUUAAAGAAGAAAGGUGGGUUUACUUUGCAACGUGGCCAUGAACAAAUAUGCCAUUUACUCAUGGACCUCUGUCUAAUUUUAAAUAAAAUUAAUUGACUCAUAACA